AGAGGAAAAAGCACAGAAUCCCUAGGCUCCAGUCUUCCCAUGAGUAAGAGCAAAUGCUCCGUGGGACCCAUGGCCCCCGUGGUGGCCCCGGCUAAGGAGCCCAAUGCCAUGGGCCCCAGGGACGUGGAACUCAUCCUGGUCAAGGAGCAGAACGGGGUGCAGCUCACGAACUCCACGCUGAUCAACCCACCACGGAGCCCUGAGGAGGCCCAGGAGCGGGAGACCUGGGGCAAGAAGAUCGACUUUCUGCUCUCGGUCAUCGGCUUUGCAGUGGACCUGGCCAAUGUCUGGAGGUUCCCCUACCUAUGCUACAAAAAUGGUGGAGGUGCCUUCCUGGUGCCCUACCUGCUCUUCAUGGUCAUUGCUGGGAUGCCGCUCUUCUACAUGGAGCUAGCCCUUGGGCAGUUCAACAGGGAAGGGGCUGCCGGCGUCUGGAAGAUCUGCCCCAUCCUGAAAGGCGUGGGCUUCACGGUCAUCCUCAUCUCGCUCUACGUGGGCUUCUUCUACAACGUCAUCAUCGCCUGGGCGCUGCACUACCUCUUCUCCUCCUUCUCCACGGAGCUGCCCUGGGUGCACUGCAACAACUCCUGGAACAGCCCCAACUGCUCCGACGCCCGCACCGCCAACACCAGCGCCAGCCCGGGCCCCAACGACACCUUCUGGACCACACCCGCCGCCGAGUACUUUGAGCGCGGCGUGCUGCAUCUCCACGAGAGCCGUGGCAUCGACGAUCUGGGCCCUCCACGGUGGCAGCUYACACUCUGCCUGGUCCUGGUCAUUGUCCUGCUCUACUUCAGCCUGUGGAAGGGGGUGAAGACCUCGGGGAAGGUUGUGUGGAUCACAGCCACCAUGCCUUACGUGGUCCUCACCGCCCUGCUCCUGCGCGGUAUCACCCUCCCUGGGGCCCUGGACGGCAUCAGAGCCUACCUGAGCGUGGACUUCUACCGGCUCUGCGAGGCAUCUGUUUGGAUAGAUGCUGCCACCCAGGUGUGCUUCUCCCUGGGUGUUGGGUUCGGGGUGCUCAUCGCCUUCUCCAGCUACAACAAGUUCACCAACAAUUGCUACAGAGACGCCAUCGUCACCACCUCCAUCAACUCUCUGACCAGCUUCUCCUCCGGCUUCGUCGUCUUCUCCUUCCUGGGAUACAUGGCACAGAAGCACAAUGUGCCCAUUGGGGAUGUGGCCAAGGACGGGCCGGGGCUGAUUUUCAUCAUCUACCCUGAGGCGAUCGCRACACUGCCCCUGUCCUCCGCCUGGGCGGUGGUCUUCUUCGCCAUGCUGCUCACCCUGGGGAUCGACAGUGCCAUGGGCGGCAUGGAGUCCGUGAUCACGGGGCURGUUGACGAGUUCCCGCUGCUGCACCGGCACCGGGAGCUCUUCACGCUCGGCAUCGUGCUGGCUACCUUCCUGCUCUCGCUCUUCUGCGUCACCAACGGGGGCAUCUACGUCUUCACGCUGCUGGACCACUUUGCAGCCGGCACAUCCAUCCUCUUUGGAGUGCUCAUUGAAGCCAUCGGAGUGGCCUGGUUCUACGGUGUCCGGCAGUUCAGUGAGGACAUCAAGCAGAUGACGGGGCAGCGGCCCAGCCUGUACUGGCGUCUGUGUUGGAAGCUGGUCAGCCCCUGCUUCCUUCUGUUUGUGGUUGUGGUCAGCAUCGUGACCUUCAGGCCACCCCACUACGGAGCCUACGUCUUCCCUGCCUGGGCCAAUGCCCUGGGCUGGGUCAUUGCCACGUCCUCCAUGGCCAUGGUGCCCCUGUACGCCGUCUACAAGUUCUGCAGCCUGCCAGGGUCCUUCCGAGAGAAACUGGCCUACGCCAUCACGCCUGAGAAGGACCGCCCGCUGGUGGACCGAGGGGAGGUGCGCCGGUUCACGGUGAGUCGGCAGGGCUUCAGACGAUGGAGGAGCAGUGUCCUCGUCCCACAGCUGCUCCUGGGGCCCCAGAGGGCUGCGUGA